CAAAUGUGAACGACACCCCACCCUCCUCCACUUGCCAUCUGAUGCUGAGACUGUGUUGCUAUGGGCAACGAGCCGAGCGGGAUAGAGGAGGAUGGAUUGAGGGAAGGAGGGAGGGUGGAGAGGAGAGACCGACUCAUACAACAUACACACUAAGCCAACCACAGACAGGAGAGGAGCUAGGAUAGAAUCGCUGAAUGUGUUAUCCCUCUCUUCCUUUUCCUGUUGAAGUAGGCUAAGAGCACCGGAGAUAGCAACACAAAGGACAUCGAGGGGGCAGAGCCAGCAGAGGGGCAAGCAGCCAAUCGGCAUUCAGCAUGAAGCAAGCAACCAAUGAGGGGCGAGUGGACUCCUCCCCAUGAAACGCUUUACUGAGCUCCGAUCUCUUAUUAAUGAAUGAAGAUGCUCUGAGGCAGCACGCCACUCACUGUGCUCCCACAGAAUACUAGAAUCAACAACAGCAGCACAGACUGACGCACGCACCCAGCCGUGAAGAAAAACCUUAGACAAGCGCCUACCAUGGACGACAUGGACUCCCACCUUCACCCUGAGGCCUCAGCACCCCCUCUCGCCGUCCCUUCCCUCCCUUUCUCAGCCAUGUCCCCUUCCCCCCUCGGCACGCUGGCCCUCCCUCUUCCAUCGCCCGCCACACGACGCUCCAUCUCCAUGGGCGACUUCCGGCGGGUGACGAUGGCCUUGUAUGGCUCGGAGCCCCCCUCGACAGCCACCACGGCCCCCUCCUCCAAGAUGGUGACCCCCAGCUCCAGCAUGGAGUUUGAGGCAGCCCGCCGGCGCCUGCUGGAGAUGGAGGAGCGCCAGCGUGUCAUCCAGGAGAUGGAGCGGCGCCUGGAGGAGCUCCGGGAGGUCUUCGUGCGCUCGGAGCAGGAGGCAGUGGAGCAUGGCGAGGUGGUUACCCGCAUCGCCUGCGCUGCCCAGCAGGGGGAGAUGUACACGGCUGAGAACAGCCAGCGGUUCAAGAAGGGCCUGCGCUUCAAGAAGCACCGGCCCACGAUCGUUUUCUCAUCCAUGCUAGGACUCCGCACGUGCCUGCCCUGGCCCGUCAAACUCAAAUGACCCCCAUCAACUACAGACCACCACCUCUUCAGACCAUUACCCCUUAUUGAUGUACAAUCCCCGCUUGAGCUCUUGUUUGUUCCUGGAGGCGGGCCCUCUAUGGACUAAAAACCGCCUACUAAACAUCUGAGUUAGUUUGGCAGCCAUUGGACUCAUAUGGUACAUCUGUGAACCCAAAAGGUUAUUGUACAAAUGCAAAGAUGUCAUUGCUUGAUGUGGUUGGUAGAUUCUUAUUUUCUGUGCUUUAUGUGUUGGGAAAAGGGAAAAGAUUCAAGGUGCAAGUCUCGGAAGAGGCUACGAGAGGGAGCAGGCAUUGGACUGUGAGGUAACAUGGAAACGAUUCAUUUUCUCUGUGCCUCAUGAUAUGCAGAGAGAGAAGAGGGUUAUAUAACAAAGCGGGGCUUAUGGGAUGGGGGAGAGCGUUGAACAAUCUCCCUUUCCAACCUACUGAAUUGAGAAAAGGGGAGCGAAGGGCAGUUGAGGAUCGACAGAGAAAGGGGAGUCAGAAAGCGUGGGUGGUAGAGGGUCAUGCUCAAGAAGGGAAACGUGCCUUGGCAUUCCCCAGCAAACUCCCUAUAUCUCUCAGCCCAGUAAUCUUUUGAGCUGUGAAAGCCAAGUCCCCAGUGGAGUAAUCGUCGGCUCUCUCGGGGCGAGAGAGAAAGUAGUUCCUUCUCAGAUGCUUCCACCUGUGGCCUCUUCUAGCUCUCUCUCUCUCCUUUAAUCCUUCCAGAAUGUAUUCAACAAACAUUAUGUCCUCGGAGACUGAGGAUUCAAGAACAACUUGCUUUUCUGCUGCAUUUAUUUCAGUCGGACCUGAGCGAUGGACAAUGGCGCUGAUGCAAAACUAUGUUAUUUUGAUAACGGUAGAGCUGGGCUCUCAAUGCUUUCGAGGUUGACGGAAUGUUUUAGGGUUGCAAUAGCCAUGCCAUGGCCAGAGAGACAAGCAAAGGUAGGAUAUAUACACCAAGGUUACAGACUAGCUGAGCCAGGGGGUGGAUGUUUGUGCUGACGUCUAACGUUUCUAGCUCUCUGUGUUGCUGUCAUGGCAAACGGAUGGCCGAGUCAGUUCUGUGAAAGAUGGAGGGUUCAAAGAGGCAGCCAGAGAGGAGACAAAUUAGCAAAUAUAGCAAUUUAACGUUAUUGACGUAAUCGCAUUGGUACCCAUUGCAAUUAAUGCCCCUUUUCAUAGGGAAAAAACUGAGGAUGGUUCAAGGAUGGGUUUGUGUGACAGUGUCUUUGAAGGUACAUGUAGUAAUCUUUUUGAAAGUGUUAGAUGUUUCUCGUGCACGGCACUUUAUCUGUGUUCCAUGUAGGUGACCUGGUUCUACAGAGAUAGGCCUAGAACAGAACACACUCGCAUGAUUAUUUGUCCUAUUUCUUCUCCUUCCUCUCCUCGUUCCAUUCGUCUUAGGUAACCAUUUCCCCACCCCUUUGCUUUAGCGGCAGUGUGUGUGCGUCGAAAGCACAGCCAAUUCACUAGGGGGAUCUAUUUAUGGCAAUCGUAGGUUAUGGCAGACAGACAAUGUCUGUGCUACAUAAAUUGGAAGUGUGUGUGUGUGCAGAUGAGUGCAGUAUCUAGGACAGCUUCUGCUCUCCAUGGAUUGUUGAAACUGAUGCUACAGAGCAAAUAUUACAUCAAAUUCAAGGAGUACUGAUGUUGGGGUAAGGUAAAGUUGUAGCUGAUACUGUUUCAAUGCUCAGUCAUUUGAUGUAUGACAUGUUGGCUGGAAACAGGAAAUGGUGAGGACCCUUUUUAGCUAACCAUAUUUCAUAAGAACUAACCUGUCAUAGGUGGGCAGAGAAAACACUUCCAGGUAAUUGGCUUCUUCACAGCGCGGUAAUUGUUUCCCAUUAUCAUUCUGAUCAAAAGCUCCAUCAAGGUUCUUAGUAGGCAAGAAGGGAAGUGUUUCUGGUACAAUUCGAUAGGCUAGUUUAAAUUGUUAAGACAUUUGGCAACAAACUCUUGCUCUUGUUGGAGCAUAAAUUGUUGACGUUUUAAAUCAAUGUCUUGUUUUGGUGGUAUUAGGAUUUCUGCUGCUUCCAGGUUGCUGUUUAAUGUUAGAAUAGCUUGGGAUUGCUUGAGCAGCCUGGUCUCAGUGCCAGACGAAACAUACUUUAUGUAUUUCUGAGCACCUCCAAGACGUACACUACAUGACCAAAAGUAUGUGGACACCUGCUCGUCAAACAUCUUAUUCCAAAAUCAUGGGCAUUAAUAUGGAGUUGGUCCUACGUUUGCUGCUACAACAGCCUCCACUCUUCUGGGAAGGCUUUCCUCUAGAUGUUGAACAUUGCUGGGGGGACUUGCUUCCAUUCAGCCACAAGAGCAUUAGUGAGGUUGGCCACUGAUGUUGGGCGAUUAGGCCAGGCUCGCAGUCGGCGUUCCAAUUCAUCCCAAAGGCGCUCAAGGGGGUUGAAGUCAGGGUUCUGUGCAGGCCAGUCAAGUUCUUCCACACCGCUCUCGACAAACCAUUUCUGUAUGGGCCUCGCUUUGUGCACGGGGGCAUUGUCAUGCUGAAACAGGCAUUGUCAUGCUUCCACAACCUGUUGCCACAAAGUUGGAAGCACAGAAUCAUCUAUUCUUUGUAUGCUGUAGUAUUAAGAUUUCCCUUCACUGGGACUAAGGGGCCUAGUCCGAACCAAGAAAAACAGCCCCAGGCCUUUAUUCCCCCUCCACCAAACUUUACAGUUGGCACUAUGCAUUAGGGCAGGUAGCAUUCUCCUUGAUUCCGUCAAACCCAGAUGUGUCUGUCAGACUGCCAGAUGGUAAAGCGUGAUUCCUCAAUCCAGAGAAGGCGUUUCCACUGCUCCAGAGUCCAAUGGCGUCGAGCUUUACACCACUCCAGCCGAUGCUUGGCAUUGCGCAUGGUGAUCUUAGGCUUGUGUGCGGGCUGCUCGGCCAUGGAAACUCAUUUCAUGAAGCUCCUGACGAACAGUUAUUGUGCUGACUUGCUUCCAGAGACAGUUUUGAACUCGGUAGUGAGUGACAGCCAAUUUUUACACGCAACAGUGGUCCCGUUCUGUGAGCAUAUGGCCUCACAAUAACAGCACAGUUGACUGGGGCAGCUCUAGCGGGGCAGAAAUUUGAUGAACUGACUUGUUGGAAAGGCGACAAGCUUAAGUACGGGCCAUUCUACUGCCAAUGUUUGUCUAUGGUGAUUGCAUGGUUGUGUGCUCGAAUGUAUACACCUGUCAGCAACGGGUGUCUCUGAAAUAGCCAAAUCCACUAACUUCAAGGGGUGUCCACAUACUUUUGUAUAUAUAGUGUAUUGCACUUAAUAUUGGUUUAGUUACUUUAUUCAGAAACAAAGGAAGGAGGUUGGUCAGGGAGGAUGGCUAGGCGUAAUCUGCGACCGUCUAAGAAUCCAAAGGUUGCGUGUUCGAGUCUGGUCGGUGACAACUGUAGCAUUUUAGCUCAAUCUAAACUUAACCCAAUUCACCUAACCUGGUAUGUCAAUUCACCUAGCCUUUUGUCGUUUUAGUUCCCCUAACCUUUUACAUAAAUGAUCCACCAACGUUAGUUCUCCCAGUAAUUCUCCUUACUUAUUAUGGUGACCCAAAAAGCAAUCUGGUCUCAGAAAAAGAUGUGUAAUAAGUUACGUCAUCCAGUUCGUAUUCUAAUGCACAACUGGGUAAGACGUAUGAAACUAUAUGUCUCUCAAUUCUUAUAUUGUACGACCGUUCUUCCAUUCAUAAUGUAACCUAAAAGAACAUAAAUUGAGUAUUAGGGACAUCUUGCAUAGGUACAUUUUCUAUCAUGUCUUCAGAUGAGUCGACCUAGUGCACGAAAUAUGAUCAAACCUCGCCAUUGUAGUUUACAGGACACAAUACCUCACUUUCAGGUUAUAUAGGUUGAAGUGACAUGUGACGCCCAUAGGAUACUUGCUUAGCCUAUUGGUCCUUUCUGUCCUCCUCACAGCGUUGGUGAUAUAUGUGACUGAAUGGGUGGGCGUAUAACACGAACGUCUAGCAACCCAAAGAUUGUGUGGUUGAAUCUCAUCACGGGCAACUUUAGCAUUUUAGCUGAUUAGCAACUUUGCAACUACUUACUACUUUUUAGCUACUUUGCAACUACGUAGCAUGUUAGCUAACCCUUUCCCUAACCCUAACCCCAACUCUUUAACCUAAAUCCUAACCAUAAGCCUAACCCCUAAAAUAGCUAACGUUAGCCACCUAGCUAACAUUAGCCACAACAAAUUGGAAUUCGUAAAAUAUGAGUUUAGCAAAUUCCUAAUAAUAUUGUAUGAAUUGCAAUUCAUAACAUACCACAAAAAUUAUAAUUCGUAACAUCAUACAAAAUGGAUGAUGGACAUCCGGGACAUUCCAAUUAGUAUGAUAUGUUACAUUUCGUAUGGUACGUAUUAAUUUCUGGAUUUACAUUUGCUAUGUUACGUCUACCCCUGAGUCCAGGUUGAGGCAAAGUGCACAGGUGAUGGUGAUUGGAAAGUAUUUAUCGCUUUAUUUACGAAUAUUUAUUAGUCUGUUGAUUACAAGGGCUAUUUAGCUUUUUUUUAAGCUAGGGUGUUGAAUUACAACAGACAAUGAACCGAUGGAGCAGUCUAUAUGCAUUCUCUACUUUUUAUGGUCGACCUACGCAUAGGACAUAUUUGCUUAGUUCGUGAAUCAUAGUCCAUAGCAUAGGCUUACAUCUUGAUAUAUUAGGGUCAGUUACUGCCUGCCUGCUUAUGUAUCUAUCAUACCAAACAGAGACGAGCAAAAUACCUAUUAUAGUAGGUUGCAUAUAUUGUGUUUUAUGUACAUAUUAGGCUAUUACAUUAUACUGAAUAUACUGGAACCCUAAAAAUGGUUCUUCAUAAAUGCCUUAUGCAAUGUAUGUGUGUAUAUAAUAGUGUGAUGAUGAAUUCAUGACCAUUGUUCUAUCGUUGACAACCUCAAGCAGAUCAGUCUUCAGCUUGGAUCACUUUAAACCCAAUGCCCUCUUUUUGGCAUAGCACCUUUUUUUUGCUAUGAAAAACAACGUUUCCCAAAGAGCUCUGGGCCCACUUGCAGAAUGAAUGUAAUGUUAAAAUACUUUUCUCACUAGAUAUUGUUCCCUUCACCUGUUUAUGCCUGUGGUUGAAAAUAACCUUCUCUGUCUGAGUAUCUUCUCACUAAACUUUUUCAAAACAAUCUUCCUUCAGGAUUAUCAAAAUGUUCUUCCCUCGUCUCUUGUUGCAACCUCGUCUUGCUUCACAAGUGAGUUGCAGGGACAAACAACUUAAUGACAAAAGACUUGGAGACCUGAAGACUUGUGCAAGCUUCCGAGCAAAUGUCUAAGCUUUAGCUCAGUGGAUUAAUGGCACGGCCUGAGUUCCAACCCUGGACCUUCUAAGCCAACCAAAAUUGUCCUAACUUGUUUAAGAUAAUUAUACAAUAUCAGGCUUUUAUGGACAGAGUACUGAAAUCAACCACAGGUCCAAAACAAGCUUCCAACAAUGUAGAAUUCUUUAUAUGAAUGUACUUCUCUACUGUGUUUAAUAAUUAAUUUGUGAUGUUAAAGUGUUUUGUUCUGUUAAAAUAAGCGAAAUGUAUUUUUAUUUUUUCAAAAUGUUUUUUUUUUUCCUAACAGGGUUUAAUCUGUUUAAUUACAAUUAUAUAGAACGAUAUCCUUUACUAUUAAAUGACCAUGUUGACCUUGAAAAUAAGUUUAGGUAUAUUUGAAGCUCUACUGAUCAAAUGUGUUCUCUCCUUGCGUUGAUUUGAAAUAAUGCAACGUGCUCGUUGCUUUGUAUAAGGGGUUUGCAUUACGUAACGGGAUCCAUGAAUUUUGCUCAUGUGAAAAAUUGCUUGUAUUUACAUCGAAUUUGACAUGAAUUCCCUAGCGCAGAGCUAACAUUUUGACAUUGUUCAGGAUGUUUUGUAUGUACUCUGUUCUGACGGAGAGAAUGGGACUUGCAUACAGCUGGUUUGAAGAGAAAAAAUAUCAAUUGAGGCCGAGUCUGAAAUGUGGUAGAAUAUGGUACUUUUUCCUGGAGACAGUGUGAGAAUGCUUAUUGCUUACCCAUGCACACAUUCCAUAUGUCCUCUUCUGCUGGGAAUAGCCACAGUAACGGUUAUAUAAAUGAUCAAGUUUAAGUCAGCUUUUACAUUAUGUUGGGAAUGUGUCGAACGCCAGGGCGCAUUUCUCUCUCUCAUUCUCUCUGGAGAAGUGACGCAGUUGUCCUGUCACGACUGGGAAAGAGAGUGGGUGGUCAUGCAAGUCACAUCGGCGCAGCAGAGCAGUGAAGCCUGCUCAGCGUAAUUGUAACGGCUCUUGAUGUAAUGAGACACUGCAACUAGCAGAGAGGAAGGGUAAUUGAUAACAUGAGACACCACCAUAUGCCAGAACACCGCUAGGACCAUCAGCAGAAUGUGAGGUGUAAUAAGCAAACGUGACGUGAUAUAAGAUGUACGCCAUAUUGAACUUGAGUAGGUGUCACGGUGAUGAACGUGACUGAUAUUAUGGGAGUUGAGUGACCACAUUGACCAAUUGGAUGUAAGAUCUUUCACUUGUGUAUUCAAUAGAUUGUCUCCUCCUUGGAAUGUCUGAUAUCUGGUGUCCUGGUUCUUAAUCUGUCCUAAAGUGAAGGCUUUUAGUUCUUUGGUACGCAUCACUUUGCCUGUACUGUUCAUGCUGAAGAAUGUUUGUAUUGGUUAUGAGCUGAAUGAGUGAUCCAUACCUUCGCUAACUGGUCUGAAUGUACAGAGAGCCUGUGAUGUACUGUACAAUAAACUUUGACAUUAAAUGUCAUCACUGUGUUGGGCCCUCAUUGCCCACCAAUGACAGUCAGACACUAAUAAAUGGUGUAGAAUUA